CUGACGAGGGGGGCGGCGGGGCUGUGGGCGGCGGAGCGGAUCGGAGCGGAUCGGAUCGGAUCGGCCGCCGGGUGGUUCCCGUGGCGCCUUCGGGAGGCGCCGCUGCCCGCCCCCGGCGCUCGCAAGAGACUAAGACGAGCCGGGGCUCAGAGAUGCCGUCCUGGGGAACUGCCGCAGCAAUAUUGCAACUGCCCUUUGAACAGCCAGAAAAAUAAAUAAAUAAAUAAAUAAAUAAAGCUAAAAAAGGCAGAAGAACUGAAAAAAAGAAAAGGAAAAAGAAAAAUGGAAAGCCAUGAAGAUGCCUAAAUGCUUGCGGCCAAAAGUAAAGAGCGAAUCUCAGUUGCGCUGCCUCUGCUAAAACUUGACGAUGCGGGCGGCGCGGAGCUGCCGGCCUCGCGGUUCCUGCGGCGGGCACGAGUUGCGGGCGGCCGCCCGGGCACCAGGGACCCUGUUUUCCACCGCGCUGCUUGAGGAGGAACCUGCUGGGAUGAGCGGCACGAACAGGAGAGCGGAGCGGAGGCGGCGAGCCCUACAGGGAUUCCGUGAAGAGAUGAAGUAAACCGAUGCAGCGAUGCUCGUUCGUGCAACACCCUCCCCUUCAGCACCAGUGUCAACUUCACAUCUGAGAUCAGCAGUUCUGAGAUGCUCAAGUGAAUGCUGUGUCAGAGGAGGGAGAAGAAUUAAGAGAGAAUAUCGUGCUUCUGAACCUCUUCCAGAAACGCAGUUAGACUGUGCGUGAGCAGCAGCUGCCUAGGACAGAGUUCCAGAAAUAAAACAGCAUGUUUCUGGGAUGCCUUGAGAUGUAUGAAGUAUUUGGACUGGGGUUUCCAGCAGACCCUGGCUUACUUCUAUCAUUAUAAGCUAAAGCACUUCUUCCUAUUAGACUGGGACUAAGUUUUAAAUAGACGUUUGCAACAAAGGAAAAUAGACUUCAAUUUUUUACCUAUUUUAGGAGAGCAAGGUUAAGAAGAAGGAUGGCAAUGUCUUUUUUUAAUGAUUUCUGCCAUUCUAAUUUUGUUAGCCAUCCAGGAAGAAUUUUAAUGGGUCUGUCUUCUGAACUUGUGCCUCGUUUUCUGCCUUGCCUGUGGGAGACCAGUUGUAACACUACCUAUCAUUGGCAAGUCAACUUUCUGAGGGAAUGUAAGAGGCUUGAAUUGAAACUAAGAUGAAGAACAAGUUAUAAAAAGCUGCUAAAGUUUGCAUUGUGUCCAGAAUCUUUCUAUUUAAAACCUCUGUUGAAGAUACACAGUUUUCCUCUCUAUUUUUCUUAUACAAUGUGAUCAGUUUUACAGGGGACAAAGCUGGCAAAGAUGAGGAAAAUUGGCUGUGCUCUCCUGGUACUCCAAGCUCUUCUGGCGCCUCUGGAUCUUGUUCAUGGAGCAGAGAAGAGUUAUCCCAUCCUGAACAUUGCAGUGAUUCUGGGAAGAACAAAGUAUAUCACAGAGAGAGAUAUCAGAGGUCUGUGGACCAGGGAAAUGUCUGCAGACCUGACUGUUGAUGUCAAUGUAGUGACCCUUCUGGUGAACCAGACUGACCCUAAAAGCAUCAUAACACAUGUUUGCGACUUGAUGUCCGGCACCAAGAUCCAUGGAGUGGUUUUUGGAGAUGAUACUGAUCAGGAGGCGGUAGCUCAGAUUUUGGAUUUUAUUUCAUCGCAGACUUCUAUUCCAAUUCUUGGAAUUCAUGGUGGGGCCUCCAUGAUAAUGGCAGAUAAGGAUGUGAUGUCAACGUUCUUCCAGUUUGGGGCUUCUAUCCAGCAGGAGGCCAUUGUCAUGCUGAAGAUCAUGCAGGAUUAUGACUGGCAUGUGUUUUCUCUGGUGACCACGACUUUCCCUGGAUAUCGAGACUUCAUCAAUGUCAUUAAGACCACAGUGGAAAAUAGUUUUGUGGGCUGGGACAUGCAGAACAUCAUCAUACUUGAUACUGCCUUUGGAGAUGCCAAGACGCAAAUUCAGCUGAAGAAAAUUCAUUCAUCUGUCAUCCUGCUGUAUUGCUCCAAAGAUGAAGCUAUCUACAUACUGGAUGAGGCUCGCUCCCUGGGCCUUACUGGCUAUGAUUUCUUUUGGAUAGUUCCCAGCCUGGUUAGUGGUAACACAGAAAUCACCCCCAAGGAGUUUCCUUCAGGACUCAUUUCAGCAUCUUAUGAUGAGUGGGACUAUAGCUUAGAAGCUCGGGUGCGGGACGGCCUUGGGAUUAUUGCCACUGCUGCAUCAGCCAUGCUGGAAAAAUACUCCUUCAUUCCUGAAGCAAAAACUAGCUGCUAUGGUCAACUGGAGAAAAACGACCGGCCAUCUCACACCUUGCACAAGUUUAUGAUGAAUGUGACUUGGGAAGGUAAAGAUUUGUCCUUCACAGCUGAUGGUUAUCAGGCACAUCCCAGGCUGGUGGUGAUUGUACUGAACAAAGAUCGCGAAUGGGAGAAGGUGGGGAAGUGGGAGAACAACUCACUGAGCCUGAAGUACUCUGUCUGGCCAAGGUACAGCUCUUUUGCAGACAGUGAACCGGAUGAUAACCAUUUGAGUAUUGUCACCUUGGAGGAGGCUCCCUUUGUCAUUGUUGAGGAUGUGGAUCCUUUGAUGGAAAGUUGCCAAAAAAACACCGUGCCAUGUCGUAAAUUUGUCAAAAUUAACAACUCAACUAAUGAGGGAACUAAUGUAAAGAAGUGCUGCAAAGGAUUCUGCAUUGAUAUCUUGAAGAAAUUGUCUAAAACUGUCAAGUUCACGUAUGACCUGUAUUUGGUGACUAAUGGGAAACAUGGCAAAAAAGUCAAUAAUGUAUGGAAUGGAAUGAUUGGUGAAGUGGUAUAUCAUCGUGCAGUUAUGGCUGUGGGGUCUCUCACUAUUAAUGAAGAGCGCUCUGAAGUGGUUGACUUUUCAGUGCCAUUUGUUGAGACUGGGAUUAGUGUCAUGGUGUCACGGAGCAAUGGCACAGUUUCACCAUCUGCUUUUCUAGAGCCUUUUAGUGCUUCCGUCUGGGUGAUGAUGUUUGUGAUGCUUCUCAUUGUGUCCGCCAUGGCUGUCUUUAUAUUUGAGUAUUUUAGCCCUGUAGGAUAUAACAGGAACUUAGCACAAGGGAAAGAUCCCCAUGGACCAUCCUUCACCAUUGGCAAGGCAGUGUGGUUACUCUGGGGCUUGGUAUUCAACAACUCUGUACCUGUGCAAAACCCCAAAGGGACGACCAGUAAAAUCAUGGUGUCAGUUUGGGCCUUCUUUGCUGUCAUUUUCCUGGCUAGUUAUACUGCCAACUUAGCUGCAUUUAUGAUUCAAGAGGAAUUUGUUGACCAAGUGACUGGACUGAGUGAUAAGAAGUUUCAAAGGCCACAUGAUUAUUCACCUCCUUUUCGAUUUGGAACGGUCCCAAAUGGAAGCACAGAGAGGAAUAUCAGAAACAACUACCCUGAUAUGCACCUUUACAUGACAAAGUAUAAUCAGAAAGGAGUUGAAGAUGCCUUGGUCAGCUUGAAAACUGGGAAGCUGGAUGCUUUCAUCUAUGAUGCAGCAGUGCUGAAUUACAAGGCUGGAAGAGAUGAAGGCUGCAAACUUGUCACAAUAGGCAGUGGAUACAUCUUUGCCACUACGGGCUAUGGAAUAGCACUUCAGAAAGGAUCACCUUGGAAGAGACAAAUUGAUCUAGCCCUCCUUCAAUUUGUUGGUGAUGGGGAAAUGGAAGAGUUAGAAACCCUUUGGCUGACUGGCAUUUGCCACAAUGAGAAGAACGAAGUCAUGAGCAGCCAGCUGGAUAUUGACAACAUGGCAGGAGUGUUUUACAUGCUUGCAGCAGCCAUGGCACUCAGUUUAAUAACCUUUAUCUGGGAACACUUAUUUUACUGGAAACUUAGAUUCUGCUUCACUGGAAUCUGCUCAGAUAGACCGGGAUUAUUGUUCUCAAUCAGCAGGGGUAUUUACAGCUGCAUUCAUGGAGUACAUAUAGAAGAAAAAAAGAAAUCUCCUGACUUUACUUUGACCAAUUCCCAAUCCAACAUGUUAAAACUACUACGAACAGCAAAAAAUAUGACUAGUAUCAAUCCUUCAAGAAUUAACUCCCCCAAAAGAACAGCUGAUUUUAUUCAGAGGGGUUCCUUGAUUAUGGACAUGGUCAUGGAUAAGGGAAACUUGGUGUUUUCUGAUAACAGAUCCUUUCAGACAAAGGACAACUUUUUUGGUGAAAAUGUGAGUGAACUGCAGACACUUCCAGGCAAUCGGCACAAGGACAAUCUUAACAACUAUGUUUUCCAAGGUCAGCAUCCUCUCACGUUGAAUGAGUCCAAUCCAAAUACAGUAGAGGUUGCAGUAACAGCAGAAACAAAAGUGAACUCCAGACCCAGGCAGCUUUGGAGGAAAUCUGUUGAAUCUUUACGUCAAGAAUCUGUACGUCAGAGCCAAGGUUCCCAGAGGGAAAAUGGGUCAGAUGAAAACAGGCAACUUUCAGUGAAAAGCCAAAGAUACCUUCCCGAAGAGGUUGUCCAUUCAGAUGUAUCAGAGACAUCAAGCCGAGCUACUUGCCAUAUGGAACCAGAAAAUAACAACAAGCACCACAAAACCAAGGACAAUUUUAAAAAAAGAACAAUAGCAUCAAAAUACCCAAAAGACUGUAGUGAAGUGGAACUAACAUAUCUGAAAACCAAGCAGAGCUCUCCACGGGAUAAAAUCUACACAAUCGAUGCUGACAAUGAGCCAGGAUUCCGCUUGGACACACCUCAGUACAUUGAAAACAUUGUCCUUCCAGAAACUAUAGAACUUCCUGAUGUUUAUCAAGAUCACAAUGACAACUACAGGAAAGCAGAGCAUGCUAACAGGACUCCCCUACAUAAUGAAGACAGUCUUCCAAAUAAUGACCAGUAUAAACUUUAUGCAAAGCACUACAGUUUAAAAGAUAAAAAUGCUUCCCUAGUUGACAUGAAUGAUAGAUACAGACAGAAUUCCACCCACUGUAGGAGCUGUCUUUCUAAUUUGCCCACUUAUACAGGACAUUAUUCAGGCAGAUCUCCCUAUAAAUGUGAUGCAUGCUUGCGGAUGGGGAACCUCUAUGAUAUUGAGGAAGAUCAGAUGCUGCAGGAUACAACGAACUUAUCACUUCCUGAAGAAAUAUACGAACAUAGUUGGUCACAUAAUAAUGCUCUGCAGUAUCAUAAAAAAAACAAGUUGAGGAUUAGCAGGCAACAUUCUUUUGAUAAUAUUGCUGAUAAAUCCAGGGAAAUUGAUAUUGGAAGACCUGCUCGUAGUAUAAGCUUGAAAGAAAAAGAAAAGUUUCUACAAAGUAGUCCAUAUGCAAGCAUGUUUAGUGUUCCCUCAAGCAAACUGUUGAGCAACAAAGCCUCACUUUUAACUCAUGCUCUGGAGGACAGUAAGCGGAGCAAGUCCCUGUAUCCUGUUCACUCAGAAGAUAAUCCCUUUCUGCACUCGUAUCGUGACGACCAGCACUUAUCUCUUAGGCGAAAUCCACCUGAUUUUUAUAAAUAUUCAUUACCAUCCAAAGGAAGAAAUGAUAAUUAUUUAAGGUCAUCCAUAAAGUCUACAGCAUCAUACUGUUCGAGGGAUGGUCGGAUCCAUAAUGACAUGUACAUUUCAGAGCAUGUUUUGCCUUAUGUUGCAAAUAGGAAUAGCGUGUACUCAACUCCAAGGGUUUCAAAUUCCUGUAGCAAUAGACGUGUGUAUAAGAAAAUGCCUAGCAUUGAAUCAGAUGUUUAAAUUUUCCAUGAACGCUUUAUCUAUAGGGAAAAAUAGUUGCCACCAUCUUAGAGGGAGAAUAUUUUCUUUAAUAGUAUCCUGCUGUAGUAAAUGAUAUAUAAACCUCUCCCUUUCUCAGUGUACUUUUGUACAUGAAUAGAUAAACUAGUAUGCUCUCAACCAUCCUUUUAAAAUAUGUCUUGUUGAAAAGGAGAAAAAAAUAGCCAUUUAUGUAUACUUUAUAUAAAUGGCGAGCUGUACGGGAAUAGCCCUAAUAUAUGUUGGCAACUAUGCUGUUUUGUAUCUAAUUAUUUUACUAUUUUGGUUAUUCUAAUUUCUGUUGCUAAGUAUCAUUCAAUGUACUUUUGUCCUUAGAAAUGUUUAAUGAUUUUUUAGUACUGGAUAAGCAAUAUGGUAUGCAUGUACUACGACACAGACAAAAAGAAUUAGGAAUGCAUUUGCACAGUUAAAGAAAAAAAAAAAAAAGAUUAAACAGACAGCUAGGCUUUCAAAAAUAUAUUUUAGCUUCAUAAUCAUUUUCAAAAAAAAAAAAUCAGAAAAAAAAAAACCUCCAAGCCCCAGAACCUUAAUUAAUAUAACACAAUAUGUUAGCACAAAAUUAAUACAUUCAUUCUAGACUGAUAGAAAAUAAAUGGGAAGACCAUAGACCCAAACAUGUGAACUGCUGUGUACCAAAAGGAAGCCCUGUAGAUUUUGGUUAGUUAAUAUACAAAUGCUGUUCUUAUAUUUCACAUGCACUUGCCAUUACAAGCUAGGUUCACUGAAAAGUCUGCAGUCAUCUUGUCAAAAAAUUCACAGCUGCCUAAUCCAGAGUAUAUAUUUUUAACAAUCAGUAUGUGUCCCUUAUUGUGGAGCUGUGGUCAUCAUUAGUAACCUUGAGACCUAAUAUGUAUGUAAGUUUGCAUUUGCCCCUUACUGGUGAUUACUCAGGGUUGUAUAGUAUUUCUUUUAUUUCUUCACUUCCCAAACCAAAUCCCAACCCACAGUAGUUCUUUGUUUUUAGCAUGUUAGUGAUAUCUAAUUAACUGUAUGUUAAUAUUACUAAAGCUGUUAAUACAGUAUCAAAUACCAACAGCCAUAUAUUCAGUGUUAUCAGCAAGGAACGCAAUACUGUUUAUUUGCACAUACCAUGAAGGAUUAACACCUUGUAAGGGACUUGUUCCUUCUGGAAUAUCAUACAUAUUUGUUGAACAUCAGACUAGUUUCUUAACCUCUCUAAUCAAAUCUGUCAUAUAAAUUGAAUAUGUGCACACAGCUAAGGAAGAGUAUCAUCACUCACCAAUAUGUAAAGAUAUUCACAUAACAAGGAUGACUUUCAUUUUUAGUAAAGGUUAAUCAGGAUGUUUCAAAAACAAAGUGUGUUGUACACACCUCUCUCCAUGCCCUAUAAUCAUAAGGGAGUGUGGCAGGGAUGAGAGGAAGUCUUUUGUGAGUAGAGUAUAUAGUUGUAAAUUUUAUUUAAACUAAAGAAGUAAAUUGGUAAUAUAUUUAAAUACUGAAAGCAUCAACAGGUGGUGCUCUGCCAUUCUCCUGGUAUUCUAAGAAUUGCUCUAUUUUUUUGUGUGUGUAGAGGAAGUUUAGAUUAUUCAAGUGUUAUUCCUUACAUUUCACUGAAGAUCAGUGAACAGGGAAACCAUUACCACUGUGAAUUGGAAAAUGUAAAUAUUACCCUAACUUUUCCCUAAACUAAAAUUCUUCUCAAUAGAAAAAUACUUACAUCAGCUGUAAUUGUAUAUCUGCACGCCAGAGGUACAGUAUGCAAGUUGGUUAGUGUGGAGUAGCAUAAUUCAGAGGAGAGCUGCAAAUGGGAAGUAAUAUAGAUGAUGCAUAGGGAUAGACAAAUGUGGCUUAUUGAUUUUUUGUUUACAAUUCUUUAAUUAAACAGAUUUGAGCUGACUUUAACUACCAAACAGUCCACAAUGAGUUCUUAGUAUUUAAAAAUUUAAUUGUGCAUUCACCAUAAAGGUGAAGGAUGAUAUUUUUGAAGGAAUAAAAUGCACAGGGAAUUGGGCUUUCCAAAUCCCUUCCCAGCUUCCAAAAAUCUUAGUAUAUCUUAUUACAUCUAUGUUCAGAAAGCAUAUCUAUGGCCAUCUUCACUCUGUCCAGAAUAAAUAUCUUCUGAGUAUUCCUUAUUCAACAUUUAGUCAUAAUUAUUGUAUGUCAUUAACAUGAUCUGCUUUCUGGUGCCUCACUGCCUCCAGUUCUUAUAAACAGAAGAUCCUUGACUGCCCUUGCAGAGAUUCCUAUCUCAUAGAAAUAGUUGUAUGAGCUAAGCAGGGCUAGGAUGUUUAUGGGUGGGAUGAACACUACUUGUCAUAAAUGAAAACCCUCUCCCAUGUGUAUAAAAUAUUUGACUUUGGUCUACAGGAAGGCAAAUGCACUAAAGGUAUAAAUAUUGUUGUAACAAUUAAUUAAAAUAUUUGAGGCAAAUUUUCAUUUUCCAUCAUAGUAGACUAAGUAAAAUCUUAAGUAUUUUGAACUACUUGGUGUGUUUCAGCAGACUGGCAAUUUGUUGGUGUCAUACCAAAAAACUAGGUUGUAAGUUGCUGAGAAGUUUACCAAGCAAAUCGUGAAGCUCAGUGGUGGCUUAUCAUCUUAAAGCACUCAAAACAUUGACUGCAAGUUGUUUGUAAUAUCAUCUCUAUCUGCAGCUAGAUGCCCAUACUUCAAUAUGUAGACAAAUACUGUAUAUAACGUUCUGGGAAAGAAAAAUUCCCAAUUACAACAUUUUCUAAAUAAACUGUUGAAAUCCAAAUGUAAACAUCCUAAACCCAGGUGGAUUUAUCCUUCUGUGGGGUAUCCUUCUGUACACUAUGAAAUGUACAAGCAAAUUAACUAAAAAAACCUAUACUGCAGUGUUUGCUGUUUCUGAUUUGAGCAGAUAUCAGGUGACAGUAGAGAUUUGUUAUUAGCUACAAAUGUGUAAAACAAUCCCACACCAAACCAAAUUAAAGAGACAGACGGAAGACUUGACAAUGUUGCACAGCAGUUGCUCACAUGGAAAUAAAAAAUGCUGCCUUAUAAGAAAAAAAAAAAAGAAAAAAAAAGACAGAUACUGAAAGUAGAGGGAUAAGAAUCUGCAUGCAUUUGUGGUUUUGAUCUUGGCAUAUAUUAUGACUGAAUCCAAGGGGAAGAAAAGGCUAAAAUGUAGGGUUUUAGAUGAGUAGUUGGUGAGGUUGUUGGUGUAUACAUGUAAAGAAGAUGAAGCUGAGAAGUUGAAGGAAAAGCUUUUAAGAGUAGAGCCAUAAACCACAGCUUAUGAGACUCAGACGUGUGGAAUUCUGAAUAUUGCCUGAGCUUUGUUGAUAUAUUUGCGUUGACUUUCAAUUAAACUGAGAUCAAGUCUUUCUGUAUUUCCCUCUCUCUCACUCUAGCUGCUGCUAUUCUUGAAGAGGAGAAAAGAAUCUUCCUGCAUAAGUGGCCAUCCUUUCUGUACCUUUCUGGAUGGUGCUGGUGACUUGUUACAUUUUCCUGAUUACAGCUCUAGCAGAUUGUUGGUCAUUCCUAUCACCAAGAAUUCCCGUGACUCCAGCUGGAACUGAAUCAGGCUGUAAAUGAUAUGGGCCAUUCUUGGUAGCAUGUCCCGUAGUGUUACACUGCUCCUGGACAACAACUUUUAUGGAGGCAGGAUAUUGAGUUGCUGAGGAAUGGAGUAGGUACAUGGAGGUAAAAACAGCUACAUAGACAUGCCUGCCUCUUGCUUUUUUCCUCUUUUAACGACAUUGUAGAAUUUCUUCAUGUUUUUUGUUAUUCCCUUUUCACCACAGUAAAAUUACUUUUUUCUUUCAAAUGGAUUUUGUGUUCUGCUUGUGUUUCAUAGAGCAGUGUAGCCACCCACUAACUUAAAAGCAUGGAAAUAAGAUACAUUAAUAUAUAAGAUAAAAUUAAUGAAAAUUAAGAGUUCUUUGUAUUUCUGGAAACUUUCAUUUAAUGUUUUGGUAGCUUUUGCUCAGAAUUCAUUAUUCUGCUAUUUGAGAAGCUUGGUUAGGAAAAAGAGUGCUGUGGACAAACUGAAACCAAAUCACCACCAGCUCCCCAUGUUUUGGCAGCAUCUCAUGAACCUGUCUCUCUUUCUGUGAUCUUUCAGGAACAUGAGGUAAAUUAAGGCUUACAAUAAAACUGAGGGAAAUAUAGACCAGUAUAAAACUAAGAUUAGUAUAUAUAAAACUAAGGUGGUGUUUUUUGUUUUUGGUUUUUUGUUUUUGUUUUUUUGUUUUUUUUCCUGGUGAAAAUAAAUCUCAUAGAAUUCCAAAGGUAGCAAAAACUAGAGCUGUGUAGUCUUGAAUUUCUGUGCUGGAAAGCUAAGCUCUUUCUGUCACCAGCUGGGGGAGAGAGGUAGAGAGAGAAAGCUCCCUCCUGAUGGCAGUUCAGAGCACUAAAGGCUUGGAAGCAGUUAUGCUGGUGAUGUUUCCUGAAAGUAUUCCUCUCUCUUUCUGUUGACUUUUUAGAAGCUACAGGCUUCUAACUUAGCCAUUUCAAAUAGGCGUGCGUAGUAAAGUAAUGGUCUAUUUAUCUCCAGCCUUUAAAUCUGCUAAAUUGAAUCUGCAAGUGAAUACAGUUUAAAACUUGCAGGUCAUAUGGAUUCCUGUGCUUAUUCAAUAGUUACUAAGGUUGCACCUCUCUGUUGUGGAUUCUUCAGUACUUCUAACCUAGUCAGUAUCAUUGUUUUCUUUAUACCAUGUGACUAUCCAGCAUGAAAUAAGAGUGUUAGCAUCUAUUCCUUGUAGAGUAACUUGCUAUUUUUAUAUUUUGGCAGUGUAGCAUAUGUAUCUUAGGGUACGCUGUUGGUGAAGACCUUGGUAUUAUUCCUUCCCUGGGUUCACCAAUGCAGAACAGGAGUUGUGAUACGAAUCUAAGAGUCUUAGAUUCAAUCUAGAUUUAGGAAGAAUUUAAAGGGUGAAUCUUUUUGUUGUUUUAGCAUAUGUUAUAUAUGAAACCUAGUGAAAACAAAUCUUUUACGAUAAAGUCAUCUCUUAGUUAAUAUAGAACAGCAACCAUGGUGUGGUUUGGGUAGUUUGUGUUAAGUGUUGGUCAUCACAUCAUGUGCUUCUUUCAAGACAAAGUGUAUUUAUGUCAUGUAUCUCCUUUCUAAACUUUACCAUUCCCAGCUCUAAGUCUAUUUUAGCUCAAAAGCCCCUUUGAAAUAGGUAUAUUUCCUAUAUAGGGUAAUCUGGUUUGCAACAUAAAAACAGUUUUCUGCUGAUAUACCUGAUUUGAUAAUUUUACUGAUGUUAUUUUUUAAUCUAGACUUCCUUCAUAUUGAGAGCAGAGCCUUCAAAGUAUAACAGUGCUGAAGGAACAUCUGAAAGAGCACAAAGGCCUAAGUAUGUCUUUUAUGGUACAAGCCAUUCUCCUUCUCCGUAUAGCCUGCCUGUACUAUCUCAUUUAAAUGUAUUAGCAAAAUGUUAGUAAUUGCUACCAGUAGGAGGGAAUUACAAUUUAAUCACAGCUAUGUAUUUAUCUGUGGACUUGUAUGCAAUACAGGAAACUAUAAGAUAUGAUACAGAAAAGGCUCAACCUGCUCUGGCUGAAGUCACCUACAAAGCUGUGGUUAAAUUACAGGUUAUUAGAGUACAAAUUAGAGUAGCCUCAAAACUGUCACAUCUCUUCCAUCAUUCAGAUCAUGCAGAAUUCUCUGUCUGAUAUGCACAUAUUGUACAUAGUGUAAAAUUCUUGUUGGUCUUUAGCUCUCAUCAUGGAAUUAAUCCCAUGUUCACCUGUUUACCUUCAUUGCAGUGUAGCAGCAAUGUUUGUGGGAUGGAGAAGUGGUUGUUCAUGUUCACUGGUGACUGCUCCUCAGUUAACUGGGAGCAGAAAUGCUGCCUUGCUUCUCUCUGCUCUGCAGGAGGAGAGUUACUGCACUGUUUGUAAAUAAGCUCCUCAUUCAAAUCAAGCUUUCACUAUUUUUAUUUUUUUUUUCCCUCUGCUUCUCUGCACCUGUGUACAGAGUAUGCUCUCUAAGAAAAAUAUGUGCUCUUCCGAUGUCCUGUGACUUUGGAAGUCAGGAUUACAAGUGUGCAUCACCCUGCAGGGCAGUGAAAAUGCACUCUGUUGUUCUUGCAGGUUCAGGAGCAUUUUGGUUACAUCCUGCAGGAUGUAUCUGCUGUGGUUUAAAUUGUUUUUAAAAUGAAUACAAGUCUAAACAGCGGUAAGAAUCCACUGCUGAUUAUGUGAUGAUCUUGUCAUAUCUAUAAUUUAAGAACCAGAAAUAAUACAAGUAAAAUUAAGUUACCUCACUAUUUACAAGGCUUUUGUUGUUUUGCAUUUAAGUGACACCGUUUUACUCCUUUUACUCAAUUCUUUACCUAUAUUAAAUUAGUAGAGUAUAUAACCAUGCUCUAAUGUUGUCAUGCGAUACCUUUUUUAGUAGAUAACCACAUUAACUAUAGUAUUACAUAUUUAAAAGAGAGAUGGUUUUAACUCUUCAGCUCUUCAAAAGUAGUGGUAAUAAGUGGUUACACUCUUGGAUGGUUUCUCUUUUCCCUUUUGUAUUAGUAUUUGUUUUCACUGAUCUAUUUCAAAAAUUAUAUUUCUAUGUGCACAUUCUAAAACUGUGAAAAUAAAUACCAAUAAAUAUUAUGAUACUUAUCCAAUGCACUGUAAAGUUCUGAAUGAGGUGAGACUGUUUGGGAAUUGAUGAAGGUUUCCUCACUUCUCAUCAAUGGUAUAAAGCUAUACUGUGGGCAAAUGGUAAAAUUGACAGUGACUUGAAAUUUUAAUAGAGAAUCUCUUGUUUUGCACUUCUAGUACUAUUAAAAGAAAUGGUAUAUAUUUUUUUUCAGCAACAACAUUAGGAUAAUACAGUUUUUUGUUUGAGUAUUGUACAUUGCAGUACAUAAGAAUAGCCUUUUUGAAGAGAUUUAUGUUACAUCAUCACUAAAGGAUUCUUUAGUCUGAUUAUAUUUUAUUGAGCCCAUUUAAUAGCAACAAACAGUUUGGAAAUAUAUUCUAGGUUCUGUUUCACACUGCCAAACUGUAUCUGGACUUGCAGUUAUGCAACUGAAGGCCCUCACAAGGUUCCUGUGUCCUCCUCUGCGGGGAAUGAGGCUUUUCUUGUUCACUGAUGGGACAAGAUUGAGAGAGUUGGAAAAAAAAUAAAAUUGGAGGACAUGUUGUGCAAUAUGUGAAGUAUAAAUGAUCUUCAAAAGUGAAAAAAGAAAGGAAAUUGGAGGUUCACAGUUACUCACAUUAGCAAAUGUUCUGUGAUGGGCAUCUUCGAGAGGAGGUGGUAAUUAUUAACAAAGGUGAUUUGAAUUCUGUUUGAGUUUAUAAGUCACUGAGAAAAACGGGAUUUUUAAAAUAUUUUUUUUCCAAGCCAAAGUCUUUAUGUUGUCAUACAAAGUUUCACAGGAAACUGGGCCAAAGAAUACAAUUAAAUAUGCAAAAGGUUAAUCCUAUGGAAAAGGAUAUCCUGUCAUCCUGAUAUGCACAAGCAUAUUAAUGGUAAUAGGAGCAAUGCGUGUAAUUUUCCUGUAUAUUACUAUGUAGGUUGCACUAUUUUGAAUGAUACAAACCUGAUAUUUUAAUUACCAAAUAACAUAAGAAGCUGUUUAUUAAUUGUUUAAACUUGUUAACCUAAAUAUAUAUACAGUAUACACGUGUGCGUGCUUACACUUUCCCACCUAGCCAUGUGUGAGUAAUCUCCCCAAGCCGUAGAACACAUUUCAGCAGUGCUUUAUUUUAAGUGAUUCUCUCCUCUCCUUUCCAAACCUCCUAAAUCCAAACUCCCUAGAAACAUUUACUGAAGAGGCUAAAAGACUUUCUGGGGAUCAGGAGUGCCAGGACACGUGAAAAAACAUGUUAAAGGAGAGUUCCUGUCUGAAAGAGCUGGAAAUGAUGCUCGCUAUCAUUUCCAUCUAGCUAGGCAUGGGAAAAGGAUGUCUUCUCAUGCUGUUUUGAAGAUUCAUGGCCAGAGACGGUCUUUUGGCCCAAUGGUUCUGACUUUAAAAGCUUGUGUCAGUUUAUGUGACCCGCACCUGGCCAUUAAACACAUUGCUUAAAGCAGCUGAGGAAGGAUACUUAAAACCCAAAUCUUAUCAGGGAAGAUCAGUUGGUCUGUGUACCAGCGGCAGCCCUUGUGUUUGUCCAUGCAGACUGCACAGUUUUCAAAAUGGAUGUGGCACACAGAGGCAGUAUUUAGCAGUUGUGUUAGUCAAAAAUGUUUUUUUCUCAAUGCAUAGGCAUUUGAACUUGUUAUUACUGAUGAUGUGGAGAUCCUGACCAACAGAUAGUAGUAUUCAUCUUUUUUUUUUCUUAUUUUCACAUGAUUCAAAAUUUGUGAUAAAAAAUAUCUUGGCUUGAUGUAUUUGAAGUCAUACCUGAGCUUUUUUUUUUUUUUUUUGGUUACGUUGUCUUUAUGUGGCCUAGGUCUGGAUUCCAAAACACCUUUUGACUUAAACAGGGAUGUGUGAGUGAGUGAUGGCACAGCUGAUCCUUAGUGCAAUUCAUGCUCAGAAUUAAAAUACGAAAACCAAAUCUCAUGUUGCAAAAGUAUGGCAGUUGCAUCAUAUAAAAUUGUGUGCAGCUAGAAAUGAAACUUGUGCAAUUUUUAAUAACUGUUUACGAUUUAUACUUUACAUCAGCCUACUAUUUUGAAGUAGUCAUAUUCAUUUCAGAACAUCCAUUCUGCACUGAUGAAGAACAGCUCGAUCUCUCUGUCUUCACACCUCACACCCACAUACACAGUGUAUCUUGUGCCUUCCCUGUGAAAGCCAGAAGGUACAAACAGAAUUCAUUAAUGUGUUAGGCAGACUCCUACCUGAUUUUUUACUAAGUAUGCUAUUUUAAUGCAAAAUUUUGAACAUACAUGUAUAUAUAUAUAAGCUAUAUAUAAGCUUUUAUAUAUGUAUAAAGGUGGGGUUUUCUUUGGAGAAAUGAGGAGCAAGAGAAAAAUGCAGCAUUGUGAGAAAGAUUUAUUAAAAGUUUCAAGUAACACAUUGAUCUUUUGAGUUUGAUAGAAGCUAUUUGCAAUUGUACUCAAAAAAAAAAAAAAGAGAAAAAUUAGUAUUGGAUCUUUGGUCAUCAAGCUAAAGCUUCGGGUUAGUUUCUGUGUAUCUUGAGAAGAAUUCACAAUACUAGAUUUAGAUUUUGCUCACAAAGAAAAUUAAUUAUUAGUACACUUGGAAAAGUAUUUGCAUUCUGAUGGGGAAAAUAGUCCAAGUGUGCCAAUUUGUACUGGUUACACAGAACACUAAUCUACAUUGUGGUUGAAGAGAUAUGCAAUCCAUGAAUAACAUCUUACCAGAAAUCUUGGAACCACUUGAUUCCAUACACAGUAAAUUAAAAACCCUAUCACUUCUUUUAUUUACUAGUACAAUUUACUGUAACAUUCUCAAGAGUGUAAUAUUUCAAAACAAAGGGUAAGUCAUAAAAUUCCAAUUGCUAGCAAAGAACAGUAGAGGUUUGAAGUCCUCUUUUCACCUUGAGAAAUAAAUCAAGAUGUUACAGUAGAAGUAAAAGUACAUUGGUUAUGGAAUAAAGCAUAAAAAAAUUAAUUUUUAAGUGAAUCCAGAAUUUUAUGAUAAAAUUGAUAGUUAAAUGGAUUCUUCAAAAGAAAAGGUUUGGGGAAAAAGAGAAUAAUUAAAAACUAGUUUUGACAUUCCAAUUACUGCCUGUUUUAUUAGAUAGGUUUAGGAAAAUGAAAUUAUUUUUAACAUGCAAGUGUCUGCACAGACAAUUUAAACUGCCGUGCUAGGAAGUUAUGCGUACACCUGGCUAUCCCUGCAUCCAUCCAUCCAUCCAUGCCUUUAAAACCCUGGUGGCAGUAGGACUUCCCCAACAGCACACAUUGCAACUUGGAGGAGCUGGGAGUCAUACACUUCUCUCCUGCGUUAUGCAUACCGUCUCACAGCAGUUCACCCCAACCAUAUUUUAACCCUGUGCAUGACUGAGUGCUAAUACUGUAUAAAUAUUUUGAAACAUAUCUAAAAUAUAUGUUUGCUUCAAACUUUUUAUGAUAGAAGAAUAUAUAAUAUUAUGGUUGUCUUACAAAUUGUAUUGUGUUCUUCAUUUUUGUUAAAUAUGUAGAAAAACAUUAAGGGAAUGGGGGACUUGAAUGUCUGUGUGUACUGAAAUGUAUAUAACUAUUUGGAGAAAACACAUGUGCCAAGUAUAACAAGAUGUAAAAAAUGUAAAUAUAUGAAAAAUUCAUUUUUCUAAUAAAGGUAAUUUCUGCCAAUUGAUAUGAAAAUGAA